GGGCCAUAAUUCCUCUUGAAAAAUGCUGCGACAACUGUGGGUAGCUGUUGGCGCCGCGCUGUGCGUAGUCGUGGCGGCGACUGACCAUGUCCACCUCCGCAACCAGGCGGCAACGUGCACAUCCGUGAGCGUCGUGGGAGAUGCCACGUACUGCAUCGACACGGCCACUAUCUGCGGCGGAACCGUCGGAGCGUGCCCGAAGCAAGGCGACGUCGCAUCCGCAGAUUGCCUACCAACACUCAAAAGCUACUUCCGUGGUGAUGGAAGCACCGCGGAGUGUAUCGCACCAGUGGACGCUGAAUGUAAAGCUAUUCCCUCAGGUGUGCUGGGCUGCGUGUUCCCUUCGACCAUCUCUACCACGUCGCCACCUCAUUCUUCGAGCCUUCCACCGGUCCCCAGUACCACUAGCAUUGAUCCUACGACGAUUCCCCAUCCCACGGAUGAGGCCGUCAAGGUAUGCAGCGAAGACUGGGGUCAAUGUGGCGGUCAGAGCCGCACGCAGCGCUUUUCCAACUGUUGCCACAACGCCACGUUUGCAUGCAAAGCGUUCAACGUGUACUAUUCGCAGUGCCUUCCCACCGUGUCUACGAGUUAAUCCAAUUAACCACAGUGUUAUAUGUACUACGGCGCCGUUACAGUGUAAUAACGACGAUUUUGAC